UUUGAUUCCUUUCUCAAUUCUUUGUCAUGGUCUAGGACAAUCUCUAUAUAAAUAAAUGCCUACAAUGUUAAAGCUUGCAAGCUCCCAUUGACUUUCAACAGACAUCCUAAAUCACUUUUUUGGAUCACAGAACAAACCAUUGUUCAAAAAUGGGCAUAUGCAGAGAUGUUAAAGCUCAACCCAAACAACAGCCAAAGUUGGGAGGAAAUAGGGCUGCUCUGUUUGUGUAUGCCACGGUUGGACUUGAGAACAUGGCAUUCAUCGCCAAUGCUGUCAGCCUUGUCACUUACUUCUACGGAUACAUGAACUUCAGCUUGACAAAGUCGGCCACCACACUCACAAACCUCAUGGGGACUACAUUUUUACUGUCAUUAUUCGGAGGAUUUAUCUCCGACACCUACUUGUCCAGAUUCAAGACUUGCAUUCUGUUCGGAAGCAUUGAAGUCGUGGGGUACACCCUCCUAACAGCACAAGCACACUUCAGCGAACUAAGACCAUUUUCUUGCAAAGAUAUGCCUCCAAGCAAAAUGGGUCAAUGUGAGGCUGCAAGUGGCAGCCAAGUUGCUAUCCUUUUUGCCGGUUUGUAUUUAGUUGCAUUUGGAAACAGCGGGGUUAAAGCUGCUCUCCCGUCUUUGGGAGCCGACCAAUUUGAUGAAAGGGAUCCACAGGAGGCGGCUUCGCUGUCCAGCUUCUUCAACUGGUUGCUGUUCAGCAUCACCGGUGGAGCUAUAUUUGGCGUGACGUUCCUAGUCUGGAUUAGUACUAAUCAGGGUUGGGAUUGGUCCUUUGGCGUCUGUACUCUUGCUGUCCUAAUGGCAUUUUUGUUUCUAGGCAUGGGAAAAUCAGUUUAUCGGAACAAUGUCCCCAAGGGAAGCCCAAUUGUUCGUAUUCUACAGGUGUUUGUGGCUGCCAUUCGAAACCGAAAGCUUCCAAUACCAGAGACAACAAAAGAGUUGCAUGAGAUUCAUGACAAAGAACCCAGAACAGGAAGCGAAAUUCUUGAAAGAACAGAUCAAUUCAAGUUUUUGGACCAGGCAGCAAUCAUUAGCACCACACAAGAUGCAUCCACAUCAAGUAUCAAUCCAGGACCCUGGAACAUGUGCACAGUGACACAAGUUGAAGAAACAAAAAUUGUGGUUCGGAUGCUUCCAAUUAUACUAAGCACCGUCUUCAUGAACACAUGCUUGGCUCAACUUCAAACAUUCACGAUCCAGCAAAGCACCACCAUGGACAGAAGCCUCCUGGGAUUUCAAGUUCCGGGCCCUUCCAUUCCAGUAAUUCCCCUAGUGUUCAUGUUCCUUCUAAUCCCUGUAUACGACCGCAUCUUCGUUCCCAUUGUGAGAAAAUUCACUGGAAUCCCAACCGGGAUUACAUAUCUUCAGCGAAUCGGAGUGGGACUUGUGCUCUCAGCUAUUUCCAUGGCAGUUGCUGGAUUCGUGGAAACUCACAGGAAAUCCGUGGCUGUUAAGCACAACAUGGUGGACUCGGCUGGUCCUCUGCCUGUAACUGUGUUCUUGCUUGGUUUCCAGUUUGCAAUCUUUGGAUUGGCCGACAUGUUUACACUGGUGGGACUGUUGGAAUUUUUUUAUGCGGAGAGCUCAUCGGGGAUGAAGUCACUGGGCACAGCUAUUUCAUGGUGUUCAUUGGCAUUUGGGUACUUCUUGAGCUCAGUGAUGGUGGAGGUGGUGAACAGGGUCAGUGGUGGGUGGUUGGCUAGUAACAACUUGAACAGAGAUAAGUUGAACUACUUCUAUUGGUUACUAGCAGGGUUGAGUGUAGUGAAUUUUGGGGCUUAUUUGGUGUGUUCAUCUUGGUAUAGAUAUAAGAAGGUAGAAGUGAAGGAAGUAGGUACUAGUGAUCUAGAGGGUAAAAUUGAAAUGGGACGAGUUUAGAAUUGGGAUCUAGGGAUGGAUGAUUUCCUAUCAUCAUUCUCAAAUCCCUGUACUAUUGCAUAAGUGUGUUGUUCAGUAAUGUAUACAGUAAGCUACUUUUGUUUUUAA